AAAGCCCAAUUAAAUUCUAGCGACACCUUCAAAAAUGUUCCGACAAGCAUUGGUUCUCGUUGUAGUUCUGUGGGGAUGCGGCCUGUGGGUAAAUUUCGGUACGUGUGUCAGUUUAUCCGGACGUAUUGUCGGUGGAAAAAGUGCAAACGAUAUAGACCUGCCAUGGAUGGUGUCAAUAAGAAGUUCAGGAAGGCAUAUUUGUGGCGGAUCCAUCAUCAACAAGCGAACGAUUUUGACAGCCGCCCAUUGCUUGAAGUACACCGAUUCGAAGCUUUUGAAGAUUCGAGUUGGUUCGAAGAUGAAGUCUUCGGGAGGAAAAUUGGUAGCUGUUAAAAGUGUAAGCAGUCACUCAGGCUUUUUAUCCUCGACCAUGGACUACGAUAUCGGAAUCAUAAGGUUGGCGGAUGAUUUGGAAUUCUCAGACUCGGUUCAGCCGAUUGCUCUUCCGGCUGCAGGGGAAGAUGUUGCAGAAGGAGCAUCGGCCAUUGUGAGCGGUUGGGGUUUUUAUACCCCCUUUGGACCUGAAGCUCAGUAUUUGCAGUACGCUGAAGUACCAAUAAUCAAUCAAGCUACUUGCAACAGACUGUUCCAGAACGUAAUCACAGAUCGGAUGGUGUGCGCAGGAGUGCUGACGGGUGGAAUAGACGCAUGCACAAUGGAUUCCGGUGGCCCUCUGGUGGUGAACUCAAAGCUCGUCGGUAUUGUGUCGUGGGGCAUUAGCUGUGCUCUCCCAAAUAAGCCCGGCGUUUACACAAGGGUUUCGGAAUUAAUACCUUGGGUGGCCGACUACCUGAAGAAGUUCAACGAGGAGUUGUAAUAAAAAAAAUUAACUAUAGCAACA